AGUGGGUCGGGUCUGUUUACUUCCGGACUCCGAUUUUAGACUCGCUCAGAAAGCAGCAGCAGCAGCUCCAGUGGGGGUUCAGGCUGUCAGCUAGCACGGCAGCCAUACAAGGCUUCAUGACAGAGGUUACCGGGUUGACCAGCGGCAUCCCAAACACUCACAAGCCUCACCGGACGGCGCGACUCCAGGCGGACCCGCGCCGCUUGCCCAGCUCUUCUCUGCUCUGCUCGCCUCCGUGCUCAAAGUCACUCAGUGCUGCCCGCUACACACACACUGAUCCAUCCGCCUGUGUUUGCUGCCACACUUCAUGAUCCGAGCAGACUGAGGAUCAAAACAAGGACAAUCGCUCAAAGUUGAAGCGGCGUCUGCGUGGAGAGACGCGGGCCCCGGCCGGGGAGAGCGACGGGGGACCAGGCAGCCAGGGCAGAGAGGGUGGUAGCUGGAUAAACUAGGGGGGGGUGGGGGUCGUCUCCGGCUCCUGGUGGAUUUAUCCCCUGCCAGCUAACGUUAGCACAGCUAGCUCCAAACAAGCACCAUGGACUGGUUGAUGGGGAAGUCGAAGACGAAGCCAAAUGGAAAGAAGCCUCCGGCAGAAGAGAAGAAGCAGUACUUGGAGCCGGAGUUCACAAAAAUCCGCGUGGUGGACUUCGACCUCAAGGAGCUGGUGGUGCUGCCCAGAGAGAUAGACCUCAACGAAUGGCUAGCCAGCAACACGACAACAUUCUUCAAUCUUAUCAACCUGCAGUACAGCACCAUCUCAGAGUUCUGCACUGGGGACACCUGUCAAGCCAUGACGGCAUGCAACACAAUAUACUACUGGUAUGACGAGAGGGGGAAGAAGACGAAGUGCACUGCUCCGCAAUAUGUCGACUUUGUUAUGAGUCUUUGUCAGAAACUGGUCACAGACGAGGAAAUCUUUCCUACAAAAUACGGCAAAGAAUUCCCCAACUCCUUUGAGUCCUUGGUAAAGAAGAUCUGCCGGUACCUGUUCCACGUGCUGGCUCACCUCUACUGGGCGCACUUUAAAGAGACGGUGGCUCUGGACCUGCAGGGCCACUUGAACACUCUGUAUGCACAUUUCAUCGUUUUCGUAAGGGAAUUCAACCUGGUCGACCCCAAGGAGACCUGUAUCAUGGACGACCUGUCCGAAAUCCUCUGCACCCCCGCCCCGCCACCCGCACCGGCCUCCUCUGCCCCAGCCUCAGCGCCCUCCCCCUCUUCACAAAACCACGUGACGGAGAGAUGAGCAGGGGCGGCAGCGAGACACCAGCCCCGGGGGUGAUAGAAGAUAAGAUAGAGGAGAGAAGGAAAGACAGCCUGGCCCCCUUCCUUGGUGCCAGCAGGACUUAAGAGACCUUCCACUACCCUUGUAUUUCGCUACGACACCAACCAACCAGCCGGAAGGAAGGGGGGGGAGGGUUUUCAGGGGGUUUGGGGUGGCGGGGAGGGGUUUGUCACGCCAGCAGGAAUUGGCGUGAGCGUUCCUCCCAGGGGCAAAUCCCUCCCAUCUUCUCUGCAAUUUAAACUAGGAACAAAAAAGUAUGUGUAUGUUUUUAUUUUUUGGUUUUAUUUCACUUUUAUUUUUGUUGAAGUUUUAUUCAGUUUUAUUUUUUGUUUGUUGGGGGGGAGGGGGGUGCAGCGUGUCCGUCGGCCCUUCGCCUCCCUCUAUCCUCUGCCUAACAUACAGUACAGGAAGGGGGCUCUGCUUUGCUUCGACCUACUAUUGUACAGUGUUGUUAAUGUGUGGAGAAGAGGCAUCUCUGCUGACCUGCGGGCUCGUCCUUCCCCUCUCUCCGGCGGCAGGAGGCAGCCUGCGGGCGCACGGCCACCACGCCGGCCAGUAGAGAGCCACGUUACUGCCUGACGGGGUGAUACUUAGCCAAUCACUGUUUGGGUUGUUUAUGUGGGGGAUGAUUAAAGCGCUUCCUACUCAGGACCUGAGAGAAUACGUCACUGCUGCCAGGAGAGAAGUCACUCUCUUUUCAUUCUCUGUCCCUUGUUCACCAGACUGCUCAGUCCUCCGUUUUACAGAUCGUGUAUAACUACAGUAUAGCCACAUAAUCACCUGGUGUACCCCUAACAAACAUGUCCCAGAGCCAACCUGUAGAGGGCAGCAGAGAUGUAGAGAACGCCACAGAAACAGGGAGACAGAGAAGAAAAUAUAAAGAUUGUAUAUUAGAUAUUUAAUCUGACCAGAGAAUCGACACUUUGAGACAGACUGGUGCGGCUGAGUCGGAGGCCGUUUUUUUUGCUGGUGUUCAGCACAGCAGCUUCCCCUUAAACCACCAACACCACCCCCACACCCACUCCAGCAGCUCAGAAGGACAAAGACAUGAGGUAAUGUCUGCAGGCCCAGAGAGGGAGACGGAAAGAGGGGUGAGAGCGAUGGUGUGGAGCUGCUCUGCUGUUUCACAGUCACUAAAAAUCUCCUCUUCUGUUUUUUUUUUUUUGGUUUUGUUUUUACAUGUCCCUUUAAAUUUGCUUUUUAAAAAGAUUAUCAGAGGAAAAUUAGUUUGGAAA